UUUAGCUUCCAUCUGCCAGCAGUUACAACCAUUUUUAACAUUUAACACAAAAAAAGUGUCGCGUGGGAAAUGAGUUCACUGCGCAAAGAAAUUCUAGCAAGGAAAGGAUUACCAUCAGUUAGUGAAGAAGGAAGUAGCACUGCAACCGGAGUAGUUCCAUCAACGAGUAGAGGACUUCGUCGUAGUGGUAUGAUAGACGUGACACCGCUUGAAUGGAAUGAAUUUUUCGACAGGAAGCUUAGUUUGAACAUUAACGACGGUGUUUUUUGCGUUUACACAAAGGGAGACAUAGGACCCAUCUUUUACAUGCUUCACGGCGGAGGUUAUUCUGGUCUGACAUGGGCAGCCUUAACAGAGAAGCUUUCAUCACAACUACGGUGCCGAAUAGUAGCACCAGACCUGCGAGGUCAUGGUGAUACAGUGACGACAGAUGAAUUAGAUUUAUCCACUGAACGUCAAACGGAAGAUAUUGUAGCUAUACAUAAAAACAUAUGUGCAGGCGAAGCAACACCGACAUUCAUAAUAGGACAUAGUAUGGGUGGUGCUCUAUCGGUACAUGUAGCAGCUAGUGGUCGUAUAAAGCACGUGAUCGGUAUUGCUGUCAUUGAUGUUGUGGAAGGUACAGCUAUGGAAGCGUUAAACACGAUGAAACAUUUUUUAAAAAGUCGACCGCAGAAAUUCGGCAGUGUCGGUGCCGCGGUAGAAUGGUGCUGUAAAUCGGGAACAGCCAAAAAUUCUCGAGCUGCUCGCGUAUCUAUGCCUGCUCAAAUUAAAAAAACCGGCGAUUUGUACACAUGGAGAAUUGAUUUGUCCAAAACGGAGCCGCAUUGGGUUGGAUGGUUCAAAGGCCUCUCUAAGCUGUUUCUCAGCUGUCGUGUACCGAAACUUCUAGUUCUUGCUGGCAUUGAUAGACUGGACACCGAUCUAAUUGUAGGACAGAUGCAGGGCAAAUUUCAAGAAACGAUAUUGCCGAAAGCAGGUCAUGCCGUGCAAGAGGAUUCUCCGGAUGACCUUGCCGAUACGCUAGCGAGCUUUGCGAUCCGAAAUCGAAUUUGUCAUUCAGUUCAGUGAAUUGCUGAUUUUGUAUAUUAGUGCAUUAAUGGUGGAUAACAGGAAAUUAAUUUAUUGCGUCGAAGUUUUACUUUCCUGUUCAAGUUGUUUCUGCUUAGACAUUUUCAGGUGUUAUCUUCGAUUGUGCGUUCUAGCAAAGCUGAUUGCAUUUCAGCAGAUAUUCAGGCAUGCUGAACUUUUCUUAGUGAGCGUUUAUUACAUUGCCUCUGUGCCUCAUAAUGAUAAUUUUGUGGUACAGGUUGAAAGAAAUGCAUCGUAAAGCAUACUAUUCUGCAUGAUUGCUGUUUUCGCCAAAUAUAUAUUCUGACCUGGUUAGGGUAUGCGGAAGAUAUGGUAUCUAAAUUUACAUAUUGUUUACAAGCAAAAUUUCCUGCGAUUUGUUAAUAAAUAUUUUGACUUCUUUGGUCAUUGAAAAACUGCAGCAUAAAGCACUGACUGUUGGUGGUACACUAGUGAUCUGGUGAAGCUGUCCGA